AUGGCAGAGGUUGAAGAACCGCCAUCCACCCCUGUAUCGACAAAGACAGCUCCAGAGAAAGUCCUUGGGCCAUCUCCUCCACCACCAGGCACUGAGAUACACACCUCCCAAACAGACGAAAGCCUUGAAACCCCUUGCAAAAAUACCCCGCUAUCUGCUUUGAAAUUUCCCAGACCACAACCACAGGAUGACCUCACUCCGCGUACCAAAGAUGGGUUUCUGCGAGAGAAUGCCUGGCUGCGGGAACAGGUCAGCCAUCUGCAGCAGGAUCUCAACCAUGCGCGCGAGGAGAACUCACAAUUACACACCCGCAUUCAAAAACUAAUGGACGAUCUUGUGGGCGGGCACCAAGCGCACAAUGAGCAAGAGCUUCUUCUCCAAGAGGCGCAACAAAAAGCCUACAGUGUUUUGGAGGAUCCAAUGUGGGAGUCAGACUUUGAAAAGACAACACGCCGGUUAGAUCAGUUUGCAAAGCAGAUUCAGCAAUGGAGCAAGCAGUACGCCUCUCAGAAAGACUUGCGCGAGUUGAUGGGGACAUCAAAGGCUCUCCGGGACAGUCUCGAACGUGUUCUCAGGUUGGACGGCGAUGGCCAUCCACACAGUCUAGUCGGAGCCAAGGGGACAAGCAUGGCGUUGUUGGCGUAUCUGACUCAUCUCCUCUUCGAAAAGAUUGUUACGAAACCGUUUUUCUUUCUUGACAGCUCCAGUCCAGUCACUGCCGAGGCCAAGGAAGUCGGUUUAAUAAAGAUGUACAGAGACACUCUUUACUAUGACGAGGUCGAGGCUCAGCAGUGGCGUGCGCAGACAUUGAGACUUUUACGCCCCCGGUCAAGCACGCAGGAAGCUCCCAAAGCAGAGCAUGUAGUUGAAUUGAAUGCAACGACGCAAGCAGACAUGAAAGUCGCAUGCAACAAACUUGUCGCUGGGUUUUUUAGAUCAGCUAUGCGUCUACUGAUCAACAAGGAUGAAGACCAGAAAGCAAUGAAAACAGGUCUACACAAAAUCUUCCACGAGGCUGGAGAGCUUUCGUGCUACAUUGGCACCCAAAAAGAACCUGUUUACGAGGCUCAUGCAUCUCAUCGAGCCCAACUUGAUGAAGAUGAGUCUUCGCUCGACGGGCACGAGAUACGCCAGAUGCUGCAUCCUGCAAUUGUUGUGUUUGGCAACUCAGAUGGCACGGAUUACGACAAGCUCACUAUUUGGAAGAAGGCAAUCGUGUGGAUGGGGGUUUCAGAGUAG